GUGGCGCCUGAUGCUCGAAGACACUUCGUUCCGCUUGGAUAUGAAGACAAGCAAAUAAUGGGUUGUUUCUGGUGGAAUUUUACCAGUUGAGCUCCUUCUUUUACUUCGGCACACGGGAACCAGUGCUGGUAAUGACUGAUUUUGCCCUGCGGAGAAGUUGCGUUUGUCCUCGCCGGUUCUGAACGACAAAAACCUCCAUGACUGUAAAGCAAUACACACCCAUUAUGUCAAAUCGGAAUUGGGAAGUGUUUCCAGGGAGAAACAAGUUUUACUGCGAUGGAAGGAUCAUAAUGGCGAGAAAUAAUGGCGUAUUUUAUUUUACAGUGGUGCUCAUUGUAGUAACAAGUGGACUUUUCUUUGCAUUCGAUUCUCCCUACUUGUAUGAGAAAGUUUCCCCAGCAGUCCCAUUAAUUGGAGCAUGGUUAUUUAUAUUUGUCAUGUCAACAUUACUUCGCACAGCUUUCAGUGAUCCUGGUAUAGUACCUCGAGCGUCAGCUGAAGAGGCAGCUUAUAUUGAAAAAACAUUAGAAACUCCUAAUCAAGAUUCACAAACAUAUAGACCUCCUCCCAGAGUAAAGGAGAUCUCAAUAAAUGGACAAACUGUUAAACUUAAAUUUUGUUUUACCUGCAAGAUAUUCAGACCUCCUCGAGCUUCUCAUUGCAGUAUGUGUGACAACUGUGUGGAGAGAUUUGACCACCACUGUCCAUGGGUUGGGAACUGUGUAGGGAAGAGGAACUACAAGUUUUUCUUCAUGUUUCUAGUUUCUCUCUCUAUAUACUGUUGCUAUCUCUUUGCUUUUGUUGUAACUCAUCUUGUAAUGUUAUCCCAAGGGGAGGACAAUUCAUUUAUUUCUGCAAUGAAACAGUCACCUGCUAGUAUCCUAGAAGCCAUUAUUUGUUUUUUUUCAAUCUGGUCAAUAGUUGGAUUGACUGGUUUUCACUCAUAUUUAGUUGGCUCAAAUCAAACUACAAAUGAGGAUAUUAAAGGAUCAUUUUCCUCACGAAGUGGCCAAGGAAAUGUCAAUCCUUAUAGUCGGGGCUCAGUAUUGAAAAACUGUGCAGAAGUUCUUUGCGGACCACUUCAGCCCAGUUUAAUCAACAGAAGAGGUGUUAUUAUCCCUGAACCUCCUGAAUCAGACAAGUAUGGGGCAGUAAGGACAACAACCACAGCACCCAUGUCCCCCACACAGUUAGGCUCAACAAAUGGUGUCAGACAUGAUGCCAGUAGAGGAGAGGAUGAACAAAACAAGUUAUUGCCCAGGGCACAAGAACAAGACAGUCUCCAAGCUGAUAGUGAAAAGGGACUUGUCAAACUUAGCAGUGUGUGAACAAUUACCUGUACCUAUGGAUCUACAGUACUGUUUUAUUGUUUGUUCAGUGGAACAACUGUUAAAACAUGGAAUGAAGUUUCAGUAUUGAGAGCUCCAUCUGCUUCUGUCUGAAAGUGGAGGGUGUUGUUUGUGGGUCCCAUAUAAUGUAUCAUUUUGUAGCUAUAAGGGGACAGUACAAGACGGGGCAUUUAUGCAAAGGAAGAGGAAUGGACACUACAUUCAGUUAAAGCAAUACACCUGUUAUGAACUUCAAGCAAUGAUCAGCUAAAUCAUUAGCUCCAGUUGUUCAUGUAAGAGUCCUUUGCAUGUAUGAAGCCAUGAUACCCUACAUGUAUGACAAGAGCUAAGUCAGGGUUUUUCUUCUGAUCUCUGAGGUGAACUAUUGUUGCUGACAAGUAGACAGUAGUGAAGAUUAGUAGUAACUGAUUCAUAACAUCCUCAAGUCAGAAUGAAAAGGGACAUCUGGAGUAGCCAGCAAAGCAAUGCAUGUAGAAAUUGGCAGUGCUCAUCUGCCUCUGGCCCUCAUAUGCAACCCUGCUUUAUGUUUUAGUCCCAGAUUAUCAAACAUAGAGUCUGACAUCAACAUCUCAAUAUGUAAGUCAAAACUGAAGAGUAUCAACACUGACAAUAACAUGUAUUGACAGUGGUCUAUUUAUAAUAAUUUUACCCAGCCCUAAUUAUUUUUAUGUUGUUUUACAGCAGGGAGUGCGAUUUCUCUGAAUUUCAUCUUGAGCAUUUUAUUGUUGGGGAAACUGAAAUGCAAUACUGGUCUUGAGUAGUAAAUGUCACACUACUUCAAGUGCCAGUGAAGAACAUCUUGGUUCACAGAGAAGUUUAUGCUCUGAACAGCUGUGGUUUAUGUUCACUUGAGAAUAUUUCAGGCAAUCAUUGACAAUUAUUUUAGGAUUUUCAAAUCAGUAGGAAUGUCAUUAGGACAUCCGUCUUAAGGAAAUACAUCCUCAGAGGUUGUUGCACAUUUGUGGGAAAUUGUGACCUUUUUUAGUGUCAUUGUGGCCUGUUGAUUUAUAGAGGUCUCCAGUUAUUGUAAGAAGUGACAAAUAAAUUUGAAAAUGUACUCAA